UGACAAUACCGCAACCUUCCGUCACAUUCAGCUGUAGCCAUCCGCUGCGCUGCGUGCUGCCAUGGUGGAGAUCCACAUCCCCAAGUUGGGCAUCCAUGGUCGCUUGGAGCCUGGAGCCCGGGUCGAUGGCUUGGACGAAGACGGGCUGCCGGAGGAUCUUCAGCUACUCAAGGCCUUGGAGGCUCAGGAGAAGAAGGCCGUGGAAAAACUGGAGGACUCCAAUCGGCAGCUGGACGGUUUCCUCGCCGAGGAGGAGGACGCAGACUUCCGGGAAGCCAUUGAGGAGAACCUCACCGUCAUCGAGCGAAAGCUGCUGAGACUGGAGAAGAUCGCCGUUAAAAUUUUGGAAUUGACGCCUCCACAGCCAGAGGCAGCUUCUGGUUAUGUGGCACCAGCGGUUCCAACCCCCACGGCAGAGGCUCCCCCGCCUGCUGGCCUGGACUUAUGAGCCGAUCUCGCCCCAAGG